CCCCUCUUCUCCGAGUCACCCGACGCCAAUUUUCCCCUUACAACGUACCCUCUUUCGAAUGUCUGAUUUUGACCCAGAGAAUUAUGAGGAACCCUGGCCAGAAUUUCAAGGAAAACAAAUGGCACACCACGCGCUCAGUCUUCUAGCCCUAGUAGAAAAGUCCGACGCAUGGAAGAUGUCUGAGAACCCGGUAGCGAAAUUCAGCGCAAUCGUUCCUAAUUUGUUGAGUUGCACCAUUCGAGAAUCUCUGGAUCGCUUUGGAUGCCGGGUCAUGGCACAGGUAUUUUGGAUGAGCUUGAGCGAGUGUCAUCCUGACGCCUCGAAACUGGUUAUGCAACUGUAUCACAAUGAUUAUCACCCAGAAGAACUCAUAGAUUCUCUCUUUGAAGACGGCACAUUCAACAUCUCUCCCAUCAAACAGAUGGCGGGUCAAGUCUUCACACAUCUCUACGUACCGUUUAUGAACCCAGGCGGCAUCCAAUCCCAUCCUAUAGCCCCAGAACCGAUACCUGAACCAGCGGAAAGCGUAGUUAAUGGUAUUUUAGUGGAGUACGCUGCAUCUGAUCCUUGGGGACAGCGUCGACAAGAACUGCUGGAGCAACUCACUUAUCUUCGUGAUGGUAGGCGGUGCCCCCUGACAGGUUACGCAUUCAGAGGGUUUGGAAAAUGCACCGGGGUCCCAGCUACGCUGUGCUACAUUAUCCCCAAGUUCAUCGGCUCGAACAAUAAGACAGAGCCUCUCGAAAUGAUACGUCUCUUUGCAGGAAAACAAGUUGCGGAGCUCGUGCGAGCAGAGCUCAACUCUAUAGGAAACGUGAUCACCUUAUAUACCGGUAUCGCUGUGAUUGUCGACGAGCUUCAGUUCGGAAUCGAAGCAGUAGAAAAGGACGAUGAAGUCCAAUACUACUUUCGCCUCCCACCCGAAGCCGAACUUGAUCCAAUACACCCAUACUCCGUCAAGCCUGGCGGGCGUAUCCCUUUUGGCGCCGGGCCGUACGGAAACAGAUUUGGCAGAGGACCCAAUGCCAAGUUGUGCAAUCUUCACUGGGCUAUAUUGAGGGUAAUGCAUAUGAGUGGCGCUCUUGCGGUCUUUGGGAAAGAACGUGAUGAGCAAUUGGAGAAUCCUUCUGUUGUGUCGUCUGUACAUUACAUUGACGCUCAUCUAGACAAAUUUGCGGUGGAAAGGGAAGUGGCUUCCGGUGCGUAAAUUGCACGGAAGAAUCCAUUUACUUCGUAAGAACAAAUGUAUUAGCUAUUAGUUCCUUGCAUAACAUGAAUCUACGUGUAUAUAUACUCUCUAUGAAAUCCCAUAUUCAUUGCAAG